UAAGAAAGCCGGCGCCACGCAUGUAUAGUGCAGUUACAGGUUAUCUCAGUUUUGCGAGAUUUUUUUUUAAAAAAAAAGUAAGUAACCCACGUGGCCUGUUAAGAUCGCCGCUGAUAGUCAGCGCUGGAGAAGCGGAUCGCACCAAUGCCGAAGUGCUGCACCGCGUUGCCUGCUCAAGGCAAAAGGGACUCAGUGUUUGCGUCAGUCUCCAUCUGAAGCACCAUCAUCCCGCUUUAGCAGACGCCGGGGGAGGCUGUACUGCGAAGAACCGUCCUGCAGGUGGAAUAGCGGCGCCCUCCUCUAGUACCAUGGCUGCUUUUCCAAGUCUCAACCUUAUUCUGUCGCUGCUCCCCCUUGUGGCAGCAGUGAAGAACUGCCACCCCGGGUGUCAUUGUGUGGUGGAGAGCUAUGGCCUAUUCAGCAGCUUCAGCCUGACCAAGGUGGACUGCAGUGGUGUGAAGCUAGGUACUGGCCCUCUUCCUAUCCCCCUGGACACGGCUUACCUGGACCUGUCCUCGGGCUCCCUGCGUACCGUCCACGGCUCCAUGCUGAGAGGACCUGGCUAUACCACCCUGGUGGGUCUGGACCUGAGCCACAAUCGCAUCUCAGAGGUGGACUAUGGGGCCUUCGCCCAGCUGCGGUACCUGGAGAGCCUAGACCUGAGCCACAACGGGCUGGAGGAGCUGGAGGAGGGCUGGCUCACCAGGCUCCCCUUGGCCGACGUGGACCUGAGCCACAACCGCCUUCGGAAGCUGCAGCUCGGCGCCUUGGCCACUGGCGCCCACGGCCGGCCCGUCAACGUGGACAUCUCGGACAACCUACUGACCACCGUCACCCGGGAUCCGCGGGCUGCCCCUCCCAACCUGCAGACCCUGAGCCUGGCGAGGAACCACCUGACGUCUGUGCCCAGUCUCCAUGGCGUCCCGCUCCGAUACUUGAACCUGGAUGGCAACCCGAUCUCCGCCAUCUCCCGGGGCUCCUUCAGCGGGCUCACAGACCUGGUCCACCUGUCCCUCGCUGGACUCCCUGCAUUGUUCGUCUUGCAUCCCCACAGCUUCGAGGACCUCAGAAGCCUGCAGGUCCUUGACCUGUCCAACAACACCAGGCUCGGGUCUCUGGACCCCGAGGUUCUUGUAGACCUGGUCUCUUUGCAGGAGCUCAACCUGUCCAACUCUGGAGUGACCACUUUGCCUGAGGACAUCUUGAAGCACUUGCCAAGCCUCAGGAGCUUAACGCUAAGUGGAAUUCGGUGCCAGAGGACUCACAGGCUGGGCUCGUUUCACCAGCACAUAGGAACCAUGAGUGGGGGGGAGAUGCUAACCUGUGACAACAUGGGUGUGGUUCUGUGAACCACCUUCAUCUGGAUGUCCUCCCCUUGUGGAGAAAAAAGUGGUCCAGUCCAACCGGAAGCGAUAGCAGAAUAUUUAUCGUUGUUCUAUUUUUCCUAGAACACGUUACUGAUUCUGUGACACACAGUUCCAGGAUGAUGAACGUUUGAAAAACAAAGUGAUUCCAUUUUAGGAAACUAUCAUCACUUAAACACGUGAGACAUAUUUAUGCAUUUGUAGAAAAUAAUUAAAAUUUGUAGAUGUUUGUAUUUAUUGUGUAAAAGGCAUUUAAAAGUAAAAAUAGCAUAGCCACACAAGGUCUUUGUUUCACACAGUGCCUCAUCUGUUGAACAAUGGAAACGGUUAUUAUAAUUUAAAACCGGUUGACAACAUGCAAUCAUUCCACUUGGUUUCACUUAAUUUUCAUCUAAGAGUUUUAAUUUGAUCUGCCUACAGGGGGCAGUCUCUAUGCUGAUUGUAAGAUGAGGAAGUACACCAGGAUGAUCUGUACCUUUUGGCUUUACAGAUUCAUCUAUCCUGCGGACUGGAUACCAGUCUUCUGCUUGCGUUCCAUGCAAUAAGCGCAAUGCUGUUGUUUGUUUAUCCAGUUGGUAAUUCAACACGUUUGAUUAUUUGAGCUGUAGGUGUAGUCAAGGCCAUCAACUUCAAGGACCAUCCGUUAUCAAUUGCAACUUGACACGUACUGCGGCUUCUAGACGUUGCACAUUUCCAAACGGAUGUAAAGUUGCCAGCAGUCUUUGCCGGCUUGGUAGAAAAUGUACAGUUUUGAAUAUGUUCAGAUGCUUCGCUUUGUCUAGCUGAGAAGAGGACAGCGUGGGGCGUCAGUCACCCUGCGAGCUCGUCGCAUUCUGAUCCAAAUGCAUCAGUCUGUGAUAACUGGCACGUCCAUAUCCGAGAAAUUCAAAUGAGACUUAACAAGGCUGUGACAUCAUUUAGAUACAGGAUGAUGUAAUGUUUACAGAUGUAACUUUGCAAAAUGGAUUCUAAUAUCUGUCCCCUAAGCAUGAGCAGUAAUAAGACAUCUCACCGUUUGAACAAAGCAGCGCAUCUGUGCAUUUUGUAUCAAAUAAUCCAAGAAGUAUGUUGUUAACGUUUUAAUGAUGUGGAUAUUUAAGGUGACUUUUCUCAAUAAAGCAGGUAAAAUUCUUUAA